GUUAGUAUCAUUGCCGGAGCUCUGCAGAUAGGAGUAAAGCAUGGGACCCAUUCUCUCUCUCUCUCUCUCUCUCUCUCUCUCUCUCUCUGUAGUUUCUGCUCUCGACGCUCUACCUCCGAAGAGCAGAGCAGGUUGAAACCCCACUUUCUGUGUGUAAAGAUGGCGAACGUGUGCGGCCACAGCGCUCUUUCUGCAGGGCAGCUGCAAGCUUUUUUGCGGGUGUGGGGUGCUCGGUCCAUUAGUUGAAAGCUCUCUUCCUUCCUCCUCUGGAAGCUCUUUUGACAAAAGCACAUCGUCUUCUUGUUUAAAGUUCAGAUUUUUCAGCUCUUACACCAGAUUUCGCCUUUACCUCUGUCCUUUUCCCUCAGCAAAACUUCGAGACCCGUAAUUGAGGAUGCAAUAGCUUGCUAGCUAACCGAAGGAAUGAACCGUAGUGAGAACUGGAGGCAGUUGGUGAGGGAAAUGCUCCCACCUGGAGCUCCUCUCCCUGAAGAUUCAGCCCAUCUCGAUUACUCCAUUGCAUUGGAGUAUGAGGGCCCGCCUAUGCCUUAUGAGGUCCCGAAAGUCGAGCCUGUAGAUCCAGACUCCUGCUCUAUUCCGAUUGCUGAGCCUCUCUCAGAGUCUAGAAGGUCUAAUGCACGUCUUGGUCUCGGCCCUCCCGUUAUCCAACCGAUCACUUUCCCGGUCUCUCAGAUUGCGGGUCACACCAGCUCCCCCGAGCAAAGCCCCAGGGCAUCGGCAAGUUCCGAAUCAGUGGUUUCUGUCCUGCAAAACCCAGUUUCGUCCUCAGCUUCACCAUCGGCAUCUCCAGGUUCGGCUGCAAACCAGCCGAGCAAUGUUUGCAAUCAAGCUGCUAGAAGGCCCCAUGUAGUGACUUUCAAUACCGAUCAGAAAUCUGAGCGGAAGGAGGACGAGUUUUCCGAGAAGCCUACACUUCCUCAGUAUGUUGGUGUCUCAAAAGAGAAGAAGAAGAUGCGAAGAGUUUGUUACAGGUGUGGUAAGGGCAAGUGGGAGACUAAGGAGUCGUGCCUUGUCUGCGGGGCCAAGUUCUGCAGCAACUGUGUGCUCAGGGCCAUGGGCUCCAUGCCCGAAGGUCGCAAAUGCGUGACUUGCAUUGGGGAGCCCAUUGAUGAAUUGAAACGCACCAAGUUGGGCAAGCAUUCGAGAGUUUUGUCACGAUUACUCAGUCCUUUGGAAGUCAAGCAGAUAAUGAAGGCAGAGAGAGAAUGUGCAGCUAAUCAACUAAGGCCCGAGCAGUUGAUCGUUAAUGGUUUCCCUUUAAAGGCAGAGGAGAUGGCUGAAUUACUUGCCUGCCCUUUGCCACCGAGAAAGCUGAAGCCUGGGAAAUAUUGGUAUGACAAAGAAUCAGGUCUUUGGGGAAAGGAAGGAGAGAAGCCUGAUCAAAUUAUUAGUUCAAACUUGAAUUUCUCUGGGAAACUCAAACCUGAUGCAAGCAAGGGAAAUACAGAAGUAUUCAUAAAUGGCCGAGAAAUCACAAAGCUCGAGCUAAGGGUGCUUAAGUUGGCAAACGUCCAGUGCCCUCGGGACACUCACUUUUGGGUCUAUGAUGAUGGUCGUUAUGAGGAAGAAGGGCAGAACAAUAUCAGAGGAAACAUUUGGGAGAAGGCAUCAACAAGGUUUGUUUGCACCUUGUUCUCUUUGCCGAUUCUCCAAGGUCAACCUCAAGGGGUACGGGAUGAAGCUAGCAAUUUUACUGCUGUCCCGACUUAUCUGGAGCAGAAGAAGAUGCAUAAGAUUCUUCUGCUCGGAUCUCAGGGUUCUGGAACUAGCACGAUUUUUAAGCAGGCGAAGUUUCUUUAUGGAAAUAAGUUCACUGCAGACGAACUGCAGGAAAUUAAGUUGAUGAUCCAGAGCAACAUGUACAAAUAUCUAAGCAUAUUGCUCGAUGGACGAGAGCGCUUUGAGGAAGAAGCUGUGUCUAGAAUGAAAAUGUCAAAUUCCCAAGAUCAAGUCGCUGAAACAGAUGGUGAGACACAGGGUAAUGAAGCCGCUCUAUGUGCCUAUUCAAUCAACUCAAGGUUGAAACACUUCUCGGACUGGCUUUUGGACAUUAUAGCCACGGGUGAUUUGGAUGCUUUCUUCCCAGCUGCAACUCGUGAAUAUGCUCCACUGGUAGAAGAGCUUUGGAAGGAUCCUGCACUGCAGGAAACAUAUCGAAGAAAGGAUGAGCUUCAUUUCCUUCCAGAUGUUACCGAGUAUUUCUUGAGUCGCGCUGUGGAGGUAUCAAGCAAUGAGUAUGAGCCUUCGGAGCGGGAUAUAGUGUAUGCAGAAGGUGUGACUCAGGGGAAUGGUUUGGCCUUUAUGGAGUUCUCGUUCGAUGAUCGCAGUCCAAUGUCUGAGACCUACACGGACAAUCUCGAAGCUACCCCCCAGUCCUUGACCAGAUAUCAGCUUAUAAGGGUAAAUGCUAGAGGGAUGAACGAAGGAUGCAAAUGGGUAGAUAUGUUCGAAGAUGUUCGCGUGGUGGUCUUCUGUGUUGCCCUCAGUGACUAUGAUAAGAUGUCAGUUUCUUCUGAUACCAAUGGAAGCGGCACCCUUAUUCAGAACAAGAUGAUACAGAGCAAGGAGCUCUUUGAGUCGAUUGUGAGGCACGCUUGUUUUAAGGACACGCCCUUCGUGUUAAUACUCAACAAGUACGAUCUCUUUGAGGAAAAGAUCAACUGGGCUCCGCUGAGUUUGUGCGAGUGGUUUGAUGAUUUUAGCCCCGUGCAGCCUCACAGUAACAACCAGUCACUUGCUCACCAAGCUUACUACUAUGUUGCAAUGAAGUUCAAGGACCUGUAUGCUUCGAUAACAGGUCGGAAGCUCUUUGUCUGGCAGGCUCGAGCAAGGGAUCGAGUUACUGUUGACGAAGCAUUCAAGUACAUAAGGGAGGUGCUCAAAUGGGAUGAGGACAAGGAGGAGACCUACUACGGAGGGCAGGAGGACUCUUUCUAUAGCACGGACAUGAGCUCUUCACCAUAUGUCAGGCAAGAAUGAUGCGUCUGUUGAAAUUUGCCUUGAUCCUGUCUAGAACUGGUUUUUGCAUUGGAAUUUCAGCUGUUGGAUUAGUACGGGUCCUCGGUUGAAGCAAGUUGAUUCCGCAUGAUCUGAUGGAUGCCUUUUAAAUUCCGAAGAGACUAAAUCCAGAUGAGAUUGUCUUUAGUUAGAUAUGUUGUGUGUACUAAGUAUGUGAAGUUCAUCGCGAGUGAGUUACUUAGACGAAGAAUGUACAUGAUGAGAGUUCAUUGGAAAAUGUACAUCUGUUUCAAAGUUAUUCGGAUUCUUAUAGUUUCUUUCAUUU